AUGUCUGGUCGCGGUAAAGGAGGCAAAGUAAAGGGAAAGUCAAAGACUCGCUCAAGCAGAGCCGGACUACAAUUCCCCGUCGGUCGUAUCCAUCGAAUGCUGCGUAAAGGUUCAUACGCUGAACGUGUAGGUGCUGGCGCCCCUGUAUAUCUGGCUGCUGUCAUGGAGUACUUGGCCGCUGAGGUACUUGAGUUGGCUGGUAACGCAGCUCGUGACAACAAGAAGACUCGUAUCAUCCCUCGCCACUUGCAGUUGGCCAUCCGCAACGACGAAGAGUUGAACAAACUUCUAUCUGGUGUCACUAUUGCUCAAGGUGGUGUUCUGCCCAACAUCCAGGCCGUUCUCCUGCCCAAAAAGACCGAUAAACCCGCCAAAGCUUAA